AUGGCUGCACAAUCGACCAAACCCACCCCUCAGACCCCUAAGUCGGUCUCCUCUCCACCGCCGACAAACAAUGUCUCUGCUCGACUGGAGAAGACCCACCUUGGUGUUCGUCGCUCAACUCCAGAUUCAGAAGCUCUCGCUUCUUCAGAUGAUGAUGGAGAUCAUUCCCACAAUAUUAUUGCGCCUACGACUGCCCCAACAGCGAAGCCUGUCCGUCGUACCUCUUGGCUGAAUGAAGUUCCUGCUAUUGCUCCUCGGAAAGCCUCCCUGACCGCCCUUCCUCUGUCUUCUGGUGCCUCCAACCCAAGCAGCCCAGCUACCGACCAAGCGGGAUGGCCGAGCAGCACGAGUCCUGGGAUUGGUAGCUCCAUGGGCUGGAACAAUGUUGGGAAUAGUACCUUUGCCUGGGGUACUGGUAUCUGGAAUACCGAGUCUCGAAAAGAGCCACCGCCCCGCCUUACCGAGAUCAUACCUUCCCCGACUAUGUCUAAUCCAUCCACCGCCAGUAACUACUUCACGGAGGAGCUACUGAGCCCUACUCGUACAACCGCUGGAGAGGCUGCAAUUCCGUUCUCGAUUCCUCUCCAUCCGACUCCCAAGACUUACCGCUCACAGUCAUAUUCCGUCGGCCAGUUAGACCCUGAAUUCCUGAGUCUCAUGGCGAAUAAGUCGGCCUCUCCCUACUCUGGUGGAAGAGCCCGCAAUGGCGGCCAAUACACCUCCCUCCAACACCGGUCGUCUCGUCCUAGCCUUCUUGGCGAGCUUGGCCAUGAUCCUGCUACUCUCGGACGUGUGCGCGAAGACGAAGACGACGAGACUGGAAGUCCGGAUGGCUCGGAUGGUAGUUUCAGCAACUAUGCCGCCAACCAAGCCCGCACAAUCGAACAGCUUGCGAGGGAGAACGCUCUCUUGCGUCAAGCCGCUGGCCAAAUCGACAACUCUUUUAGAGACCGUGCCAUGUCCACAACAUCCGCGGCUAGUGGCUAUGCGAUCGGAAGCGGUCUUCACAGCUUGCAUCGCAUUCGCGGCAGUGUCCCGGAAGAGACCGAUCUUGCCGUGGAGGAUUUGGACGAAGUUGGGGACAUCCCUGGCUACAACAACCUCCAUGGCGGUCCCCGCCGGAGAAUGUCCGAACACUCGAUCAACUUGGAGAAACAGUUCCCCAACUACGAGAAUCGUGCUCUGGAGAACGUUCGCAAGGCUCAUUGGCAGACCUCCCUCGGAUUUGGUAGCUUUUCCGAGAUCCCUCAGAGCCGACGCCAUUCAUUUGCGGAUAUACCCAUUCGGCAUGGUUCCAUCUCGGGCGAGCCACAGGCAGCCGCGAGCACAAGAUCAGGACUGGGAGACCGGGAGGAGGACUUUGAUGGCCCUCUGUCUAAUUUGCAAGGCCAGAACCGUGAGUAUCCACAUUUUCAUGCGGCCCCUCGCCCCGAGGAGCAUGAAAUGGAGUCAGAGUAUUUACGAGCUCGACGAUUUGCAGAAUCCUAUUUCGCUCGCGACCAGGCCUUCCGCAGUGCCGAGGGUCCUUCCAUGGUGACUUCCCUUCAUCAAGCAUACACAAUGCCGAACGCCUAUGGACGCCACCAGCCGGGUCUCGCGCAUCAAAAUCAGCUUCUGUAUAUCGUCACAUUCAAGUGUCAUCGGGCAGAUGUUUUUUAUAUCCAAGAAGACACCGGACUUCAGGUGAAACCAGGCGACCUCGUCAUCGUCGAAGCUGAUCGUGGAACGGAUCUUGGCACCAUUCAACAUGCCAAUGUGUCGAUGCAGAAAGCCCGGGAGCUCAAGCAACAGUAUGCGGAAGAUCAUUAUAAGUGGUUGAUGAUGUUUUCUCGACAGGGCCAGAACGGUGCCGCAAAUGUGGUCAACGCCCCUGGAAGUGUGCCGGGCCUGAACAACAGAAGCGCCAUCGGCGGAAUGGGCCCUCAUGGCUCGCAUGGCAUUCAAGACUCCACUGCCGACAUAAAACCUAAGUUGAUCAAGAGGCUUGCCCAAAACCAUGAAAUUUUGACGCUGCGCGACAAGGAAGGGAACGAAGCCAAGGCCAAACGCGUCUGUCAGCAGAAAGUAGCAGAGCAUCGGCUCAACAUGGAAAUCUUGGACGCUGAAUUCCAGAUGGAUUGGAAGAAGCUUACCUUCUAUUACUUCGCCGAUUCCUAUAUCAACUUCAACUCACUGGUGACCGAUCUCUUCAAGAUCUACAAAACUCGGAUCUGGAUGUCGGCCAUCAACCCUGCCUCUUUUGUGACGCCUCCAAGUGCAGGUCUUCAGGCCCCAAACCCUUUGGCUUACAGUCAUGACACGCAGACAGAUCGCUCGCACCAGCACGAUGGUAGAAUGUAUGGCUCUGCCCGAGAUGGCCACGAUGCUGGGCGAGAUGGCCAGCUAGGCAUGCUACGCAGUGCGUACGCGGAGCCCUAUCAAUCUCUCGGCCCGUCCUCCCGGGCGCCAGAGUCCGGCCUUGGGGGACACGCGUCUCCGGAUCCCUUCUCCCCUUACUCACCUAGCGGAUAUACUCCCUUGGAUUCGGGAUAUGUCGACUACGCGGCAGGCACUGGCGCAAGCGCUGGAUCCUCCCGUAUGCAUCCCCAGAAUGAGUGGAUGAGUCGAUUCCAGGGCUUGUCGCUCAAUUCUUGA